CCCACCCUAAACGUCCGGUCUCUCAGCACUAACCUCCCACCCAAUUCAGGAGGUCCCUCUACUUCCUCCUCCGACUCGAAAGAGUCUUACACCCCUGAUUUCUACGGUCCACGUACCUUCUUCUUCGUUUCCCACUUCUCAGGUCAAUCUUGAAGGCUUUAAGAGGAGAAGGAGAUUCCCGGGUUCACCAGAAAAUGGAUUUGGAUGUGCCCAAACCGCCCCGACCUGCUUUGACGCUCUUGCAACUCAGCGAUGGCUCUUCUCUGCACAGACUUGUGGUAUUGGUGAGCUCAGAGCUGGCAAGUCCUAGCCAAAUCCUCCCUACCGGGACGUGCAUUCUAGUAGAAGGCACAUUGCAGCAACCUGCAUUGCAAAUGAAACAUGUUAUUGAACUAAAAGCAGACAGAAUUCUGCAUCUUGGGACUGUUGAGCCUAAUAGUUACCCACUAACAAAGAAACAAUUGCGUUUGGAGUUCUUACAGAAUUACCCUCACCUCCGAGCCAGAACAUCAACGGUGGCAUCUGUUAUGCGAAUACACAGUGCCAUAACUCGAGCACUGCAUGCCUUUUUCCAAGAUAAUGAAUUCCUGUUUGUGCAAGUCCCCACAAUUACUACCACCCUCACCAGAGGAUCAAGCAACAAAUAUCUAGUCAACCCUAUCCUAGAUAUCCAGGAAGCUUCCAAUGAAGCCAAAGCUGAGUUCUCUAAGAAUUUCUUUCCUCAGCAGAUGUAUCUGACUGAUUCUGGUCGCCUUCAUCUUGAGGCCCAAGCAUGUGCACUUGGAAAUGUCUACACCUAUGGUCCCAGGUUUCAAGCAAAGAAAUCGUUACCAGAGAUGUUGAUCGUCGAGGCCGAAAUGGCUUUCUCUAAAUUGGAGGACGCCAUGAACUGUGCAGAUGACCUCUUGAAGUUUAUAUGCAAAUGGAUUCUAGAAAAUUCCACUGAAGAUGUGAAGUUUCUUUCAAAGCGAACUGAUAAAAGUAUUGAGGAUCACCUCCGGCUCAUGACAUCAUGCUCCCCGGAAAAAAUUUCUUACACAGAAGCCGUGAAACUUUUAAAUCAGGCCACUGAAAAGAAACCUGGAAACAGCAUGGAAUGGGGAGUUCCUCUAACUGAUGAGCACGCAAGUUAUCUGGUGGACAAAAUCUACAAAAAGCCUGUCAUUAUAUAUGAUCAUCCAAAAAACCUGAAACCAUUCAACGUCCGCCUCAAUGAUGAUGAGAAAACAGUUGCUGCAUUCGACAUAAUUUUUCCGAAGUUUGGAACUCUGGUUAGCGGAAGCCAAAGUGAGGAACGCUUGAAUACUCUGAGUUCCAGGAUAGAAGAAUUUGGGUUGUCUAAACAACACUAUAAAUGGUACUUAGAUCUUCGAAGGCAUGGCACUGUUCAGCACUCUGGUUUAAGUCUAAUGGUGGAUUCUCUUGUUCUUUUUGCCACUGGACUCUAUGAUAUCAAAGAUGUUGUUCCUUUCUGCACAACUCCUAUCUAAACCAUUGCUUCACAUCUCCAGUGAAGGAAAUUUCACAAGAUCAAUGGUUAUCAGCUCUUUAAAUUAGUACCUGUACAGCUUUACUACAUAUGAAUAGUGUUUUUCUAUUUUUUUAAAAUAAUAAACAAACAAGUGU